AUGAGGAAGCUAGCUUGUUCUGGAAAGCUCUUUACGUAUCCUGGUAUAAGCUGUGGGCAGGGCAAGAGGAAGCGCCAGGAAGAAGGCAAGGAGAAGGAAAGCAAGAAGCGCUUGCGCGUGAGCGUGUGCGGCAGCUCCAAGGAGAUCGAGUGGGAGAAGUACGCGCUCAACUUCCAAGAGCACGGUGUCAAUGGCAGCACAGGCUGGGUCAUGCACGAGUACUCCAUCACUUCCCCACCCGAGUUCGCCCAGUCGCCGAUGAGGGUGUACUGCAUCCGCCACAGCGGCCACGGCAAGAACGCCAAGAAGCACAGCAUGGAUGCACAAGAUUGGGGCAGCGACGACGAGGACGAGGAGGAAGUGGACGACGCUUCCGUGGAGGAAGAUCCUGCCCUGUUCAUCGGUGAGUACCCACUGGCACCGCGGGCCGAGUACGUCAUUUCUCUUCCUGUGGCGGCAGAUGUUGUCAAUGCCAAUCCUUCUGAUGGGGCGGGCGCAGGAGCAGGCAAUGAUCAAGACUUGCCCACGCUGGUGGAGGACGAUGACUGUUUCGCUUUCAUGAACCCUUUAUCUGAUUUGGUGCCUGGUUUUGACUUGUCGCAGUGGGACGAUGGUGCCGGAUGCAUGAUCAAACACGCCAUGCAUAAAUUCAUUUAA